AUCACAAGAAGGGGCUGUGGAUAACGAACUUCCGCUUUCAGUCUUCUAACUUAACCUUCUCCCCUAACUUAUACGAGUGUUCUUCUCAGCGCUGGGCUUGGAUCCCUGACAUGGAGGAAAUGCUGUCUUUCAGGGAUGUGGCCAUUGUUUUCUCUGCAGAGGAAGGUGAAUACCUGGGCCCUGAUCAGUGGAAUCUGUACAGGGAUGUGAUACUGGAGAAUUACAGCAACCUCGUGUUCCUGGGUCUUGCUUCCUCUAAGCCUUCCCUGAUCACAUUUCUGGAGCAAACACAAGACCCUUCAGACAUGAAGAGACUCACAGCAGCUGCCAUGGAAACAGGCAACAAAUACUAUACAGGCAAAGAAUUUGGCAUAACCCUUCCUUGGAACUCACAACCUAUUAGUCACCAGAAAAUUAACUUAAGAAUGAAGCCAGAUAAGUGUGAAGAAUGUGGGAAAGCCUUCCGUUCUCCAUCGUUACUUUGUGUGCACAAGAGAAUUCACACAGGAGAGAAACCCUACAAUUGUGAUAUAUCUGCUGAGGACUUCUGUUUCCCAUCACGACUUACUGAACACAAGAGAAUUCAUAGAGGAAUAAAGCCCUACAAGUGUGAAGUGUGUGGCAAAACCUUCAAACAUCCAUCAAUACUUCUUAUACACAAGAAAAUCCAUACAGGAGAGAAACCCUACAGGUGUGAAGUGUGUGGCAAGGCCUUCCAUGUUCAAUCACAACUUUCUGUACACAAAAGCGUUCAUACUGGAGAGAAACCCUACCAGUGUGAAGUGUGUGGCAAGGCCUUCUGCAUUCCAUCAAGACUUUCUGUACACAAAAUGAUUCAUUCAGGGGAGAAACCCUACAAGUGUGAAGUGUGUGCCAAGGCCUUCUGUACUCCGUCACGGCUUUCUGAUCAUAAGAGAAUUCAUACAGGAAUUAGACCCUACAGGUGUGAAGCGUGUGACAAGGCCUUCUGUUUUCCAUCACAACUUACUGUACACAUGCGAAUCCAUACAGAAGAGAAACCCUACAGGUGUGAAGUGUGUGGGAAGUCCUUCAAAUGUUUAUCAGUACUAUCUGAACACAAGAGCAGUCAUACGGGAGAGAAACCCUACAAGUGUCAUGUAUGUGGCAGGGCCUUCAGUUUUCCGUCACGAGUUUCUGAACACAUGAGAAUUCAUACAGGAGAGAAACCUUAUAAGUGUGAAUUAUGUGGAAAGGGCUUCUAUAUUCCAUCACAUCUUUUUGUACACAAAAGGAUUCAUACAGGAGAGAAACCCUAUGAGUGUGAAGUAUGUGGCAAAGCCUUCAAUACUUCAUCAGGACUUUCUGUCCACAAGAAAAUCCAUACAGAAGAGAAACCCUACAAGUGUGAAGUGUGUGGCAAAGCCUUUAAGCGUCCAACAGGACUUUCUGUCCACAAGAAAAUUCACACCGGAGAGAAACCCUACAAAUGUGAAGUGUGUGGCAGGGCCUUCAGUAAUCCAUCAGGACUUUCUAUACAUAAGAUGAUUCAUACAGGAGAAAAGCCCUACAAGUGUGAAGUGUGUGGCAAAGCCUUCAGAGGUCCAUCAGGACUUUGUGUACACAAGAAAAUUCAUAAAGGAGAGACGCCCUACAAGUGUGAGGUAUGUGGUAGGGCCUUCUAUAUUCCUUCACAACUUUCUGUACACAAAAGGAUUCACAUAGGAGAGAAACCCUACAAGUGUGAACUGUGCGGAAAGGCCUUCCAUUGUCCAUCUGGACUGUCUGUACACAAGAGAAUUCAUACAGGAGAGAAACCCCACAAAUGUGAUGUAUGUGGCAAGGCUUUUACUCGUCCUUCUGGACUUUCUAAACACAAGAGUACCCAUAUAGGAAAGAAAAAAUACAAGUGUAAAGUAUGUGACCAGGCCUUUACUGGUCCAUCAGGACUAUCUAAGCACAUGAAUAUUCAUACAGGAGAGACCCUGUAAGUGAAGAGUGUGUCAUUCAUCCAUCAGGACUUUCUGAACACAAAAGAAUUCAUACAGAAGAGAAGCCCUAGUGUUUUGACAUAUGUGGCAAGGUCAUCCAUGCUGUAUCAUUACUUAAAGUACACAGAGACUUCCUAUAGGGGAGAAACCCUACAACUGAGAAGUAUGUGGGAAAGCUUUCUGUUUUCCAUUACUACUUUCAGAAGCAAGAGCAUUCAUAAAGGAGAGAAAGUGUGCAAUCUAAAAUAUGUGGUGAGUUCUUUAGAACUUUCUGGAUUAUUUAUUCUCACUUGAUAAUCCACAAUAGAAAGAAACCCUGCAAUUAUGUGUGAGAGAAAGCCUGUGAAGAAUAUGCCAAGGUCUUGUGCACUUACGAAAAACUUUUGAAACACCUGAUAAUUCAUACCGGAGAAAAAUGCCAUUAGUGCCAAACAUGUUUUUU